GCACGUGUAUCUACGGCUGGACCCUUCUCCAGCCGUGUGCACCGCCCAUAGGUAGAAACUUAGUCAUUUCGGUUUGUAUUUUCUGCAGAGCUGACCAUGAGGGUCUUUGACGAAGAUGCACAUUUUUAUUCCAACGCAUCUUAAAAGAGAGAGCGAGAGAAGAUGGAAAGGGGAGGAAAGACGGCGCUUUUUUGGCUCCAUGUUUCCUGUGUUUUUUCCUCUGCCUCGUCAGUAAUCCAUUUUCAUCAUGCCAUGUUCACGUAUACAACUGGAUUAGUGACCAUUCCUGACCGUAUGGCUGUAACAUACAUUGAUGAUGUGCAGAUUACUCGCUAUGACAGUCGUAGCAAGACACUCACUAGCUCCUGUGGAUGGGUGAAAACAGCCAUGAAUGAAUCUUGGAAGUAUUAUGAAGACUUGUGCACAUCAGCAUGUAACAGACGGAGAGAAGACUUCAGUGAAUUUGCAGUGUAUGUUGGAAAAAAGGAAGAUGUGCAGACGUUUCAGUGGAUAUCUCACUGUAUUUACGAUGAUCAGAAGGGUGUUUGUGAAGGAUACGAGAAGUAUGGAUAUAACGGAGAGGACUUUAUAUCACUGGAAGUAAAGCAGAUGAGAUACGUCCCUCACACGCCAGAUGCAGCCCACAUCACAGACAUCUGGAACAAACAGAGAGAUCGGAUUGAUCAAGUAAAGCACUACUUCACCAAAGAAUUUCCUGUUUAUCUGAAGAGAGCUGCCCCCUAUCUGACGACUGCAGUUUUUCCUGACGUCUAUCUGUUGCAGAAGAACUCCUCCUCUCCGGUGGUGUGUCUUGCUACAGGGUUCAACUCCAGUGCAGUGACCAUGAUCUGGCGAAAAAAUGGACAGGACCUUCAUGAAGACGUGGAUGAAGGAGAGACUUUACCCAAUGGUGAUGGAACCUUCCAGAAGAGGAUUUCCCUCAAAGUGGAGACUGAAGAGUGGAAGGAGAACCAGUACCGCUGUGUGGUCCAGCAAGAGAACUGGAAGAAGAUGAUCAUCAAAAACGUAACUGAGGAUGAAAUUAAGCAUAACCUAAAACACAGAACACAUGUGGCGGCCAUCAUCAGCACCAUCAUCUUUUUACUUGUUUUACUUCUUUUACCUUUUUUGAUGAGACUCCACAGAGGAUGAGAUGGGACAGCCAUCUUACACACCAGCCACAGUUUUUUUUUUAUUUAUUUUUUUUUGUUUAACAACAGGAGAAGCAGAUAAAAAAACUGCUAUGGCAGAUGUGUUUCCAGCCUGCAUGGGCAUCUGUUCUGUUACACAGUAUCUAGUACCUUUGGAUAACACAGGACAGCUCAGCAUGCAUGGACAGGAUCUCCAGCUCUUAAACUUGAACAAAUCUUUGGCCUGUUUACAAUGUUCUGUGGCCCUGAAGAUGAGUGGAACUGGAAGUCUGUGGAGAGGCAGAAGGACUGUGUUUAUUUUCAUGAUAAUGUAUUUUAAGAUAAUGCUUCAGUUUGUUAGUAUUGACUGAUGCCAUUACUGUUUGCUGCUAUUUGUCAGAGCUUUUUUGUAGAAGUAAAGUAUUAGCUCUUUUAGAUACCUUCACUACUGCACUACUGUAACUACUGUAGUUACAGUCCUUGCACUGUGUGAUGGGUAUACUUGUGCAUUGCAUUGAGUCAAACUCUGGUUCUGUGAAAUAGUCUAAUGGGCCAAACAAUCCCCAGAGAAUGCAAAUCUGGAGACAACCUUUAAAAAAAAAUUAGCGCUGGAUUGUUGCGAAUGCUACCGCAAAUGAGACCACGGCCACUGGUUGUCCCUCCAAAACCUGCCCCUAAAUUUGCUAGCAAGCAUUUGGUUUUCAGAAUAAAUGUUUCAGGAAAACUUUUCACUUUAGUUUUCUGAGGGGUGCGUUUGAUGCACAAAAACUAUUCCAAACCUCAUAUAAACCUCAGUACCUCAGUUUAAGACACUACCUCAAAUAGUCAAAGACUACCUCAGGAGAAAAGAAAUGUCUUGGCUCGUUUGCACGUUGUUCAUUGUGUUAGUCAUCUAGACAUAAAUUAAAGUACAAGAGAAAUAAAAUAAAAGUCUAUUUAACAACGGAUUGUAAGUCAGUAAAUUACUAAGAAAUAAACACAUAGAUACAGUAAGUUAAUAUGGGAUGCUUUUCACUUUGAUUUCUUUAAAUGUUGACGUUUUGUCUGUAAACUUGCAGACAGCCUCUUACAGAAAGAAGUCAGUAUUUUUCCACUCAGCAUUGAUGCCUUUAAACAGUUGAAAAACUGGCCCAUUAUAUAAUCCCACCCACA